AUGCAGGCCGUGCACAAAUCUGCGCUCAGCAGCAAGCGGCUAAUGCUGUUGCUCGCGAUGCUGCUCAAUGCGGGCAUCCAGCCACGCUCCUUCACCGUGAGCGCCACCGAGGAUGUUGCCAAUGUGUCGCCCUGCGAGAUGGAGUCCAUUAUAAAUCAACUGAUGAACCCAAGUCCUGAGUACCAGCUACACGCCUCUGCCUUGCGCAAUCAGUUGAAGAACUUACUCCGUGAACGCCAGCUGGCCGUGGGCGAAGAGCAACCGCUGGGUGAGUACUCCGACUAUGUGGAGGAGGACAAGCGCUCGGUGGCCGCCUUGGCUGCCCAGGGGCUUUUAAAUGCCCCGAAGAGGAGUCUCGCCACCCUGGCCAAGAACGGACAGCUGCCCACCGCAGAGCCGGGUGAGGACUAUGCCGAUGCGGACUCUGGCGAACCGAGUGAGCAGAAGCGGUACAUCGGCUCGCUGGCCAGAGCCGGUGGGCUGAUGACCUACGGCAAGCGAAAUGUGGGCACCUUGGCUCGCGACUUCCAGCUCCCGAUGCCAAACGGAAAGCGCAACCUGGCCACCCUGGCCCGGCUGCAAAGUGCUCCCUCCACGCACCGCGAGCAACCCAAGCGGAAUGUGGCCGCCGUUGCUAGAUACAACUCUCAGCAGCAUCAUAAUCAACGGGCCAGCGCCGAGAAGAGAAACCUGGGCGCCCUAAAAUCCUCCCCAGUGCACGGAGUCCAGCAGAAGCGCGAGGACGAGGAGAUGCUCCUUCCCGCCGCCGCUCCCGACUAUGCCGAUCCAAUGCAGAGCUACUGGUGGUACCCCAGUUAUGCUGGCUAUGCCGAUCUGGACUGGAACGAUUAUCGUCGGGCGGAGAAGCGUUUCUUAGACACCUCCAAGGAUCCCGAGUUGUUCGGCAUCGAGCAUGGUAACGAUGCCAAUGCCGCAGUCGCUGUCGUCGAGGAGGCGGAGUUGCAGCCCGAGGAGCAGUUGCCAGCACCGCAGAAGCGCCACAUUGGUGCCGUGUACCGCUCCGGAUUCCUGCCCAGCUACCGCUACCUGCGCAGCCCAACCAUAGGAGGCGGCGGUGGCUACGGCGGGGCCGGGGGGCGUUUCAGUCGCUCGGGACGUGACGCCAGGCAAUUUGUCGGGUACUUCCCCCAACACGAGCGACUGCGUCAACCCACCGCAGCCGUUUGUAAGCAGUGUUUCAUUCCCAACCAACCGAUGAUCAACUGGAGCGGAGCUGGCAUACGCGGCCGACUGUCCAAGUACUACGUGGACCCGGAGGGAGUGACCAGUAACUCGCUGCCCACGGGAAAUGCGAGGAGUUCUUCGUCCACUCGGUCGUUUGUGCGAUCUGGAGCUCCUGCCUAUCCGCCCUUCCACACCUGGGGCACUCCGCCGCGUAUCACAGCCCUGCACCGACGCGAAUUUCGACGCAACUUGGACAAUUACGAAUACUAAAUAUUGACAAUAUUAUGCUAAAUUAUACGGUACCGAUUACACGGCACCGGAUUAAAGUAAAGUUUCAGUAUCCGUUACCGGAAUGUAGGACAAUGCAGUACCACUAAACUUAUUAAAUGUAGAUCCCGCGUUAUCGAAGUUAUCAAAGUCACACACAACACCUGCUGCACCCCCGACCGACACAUGGCCCGAGAGUGAGCAAUCGAGGGCCGCAGUCGGAGGUGCCACUCUGUAUCGCUGUAACUCUCAAUGUAUAAACUAUAUUUACCAAAAACUGAAGUAACUGAUAUCAGUGCAAAGCAUAGGAACGACUAACGAUUAAUAUCAUAGCCAGUCAUAUCGUCUCUAUAAUUUAAAAAAUCGAGGGUAUCAUCAAGUUAGUGCCAAUGCCGUACCUUGCUCGGAGAACGAGAACCCUUACCUUUCCUUCGUCGCUAAUAGUGUACUAAUACCAGCUUAGGUUCCUUUUCCUCAAGCUCUUUUAUGUGUAUAUGACAAUAAAUAUUUACUAACCCUAGUCCAAAGCUAAGUAUUGCCACCAACGAUCAUGAAUAAAUAUGAGAGUGUUAACAAACUGCGUCAAAGACAAUAAAAUUUGGUGACAACAAAACAAAUAUCGAUUUACAUAUACAUUAUUAUACUAUAUAUAUAUAUAUACAAAUAUGUAUUUCCGACAAUAAACAAUAAAUACUGACAAUAAAGUAUAUAAAAUAUUAAUCAAGGGUAUCAUGUAUUUCAUUACAAGGCAUAUUUGGAUUGAUUUUAACCCUUUCAAAUUACUAGAAAAAGUCCUUGUAAUACGAAAGAAAUUUAAAUAAACAUAUUCACUGUGUGUAAUAAUAAGUCUGAUGUUGUCAAUAAUUAACUUAAACGAUUAUGUAUUUUCAAAUCAAAGUAUUCAAAAUGCUAAAACACAUCUAAUUAUUUACUACAAAAUAUUUACUUCUAUUAUAUAUGAAAAUUAUCUGCGCACGCGUGCAUGAGAUUGAGCUUCGAAGUCACGAACGGAGCUAGUACUCGCGCCGAAAUUAUCCACCAAUUAUCAAAGUUAUAUAUAUCUGUGUACACACUAUGUAUAUCAUAUAAAACUAUUGCAAAUAUAUACACAUAUUACUGGUUUGUUCCUACAAUA